GACAGGCGCGGCACUCGCCCACGCACUCGCAACCAAUACGACGCUGGAAACCCUGCAGCUGGCGUGGAAUGGCCUUGGGAGCGGCGGCGGUGCCAACGCGCUAGCGCUCUCUCUGCGUCACAACAAGACGCUGCACGCGCUGGACCUCACGGGCAACUCGCUGGGCGCGCUGAGUGCAUUGAGUUUGGUUCGCGCGUGGGCCGACUCGACGUCGCUCGAGAUUCUAUGCAUUGCGCAAAACCCGAUUGGCACGGAAGGGCUCCGCGCCGUCUUUCGCGCGUACAGCGACCCGCUCUCUAUGACCCAAGGCCGCACCGUGCAGUUCGACGACUGCGGCUUGCAUACCGAGCCGGCACGCUUCACGCCCGUGCACCACGGCCACAUGACGAUUGAUUUGGACAAUGUGGACUCGUUCUGGCACGGGUUCGAGUACCUCUGGCUCCUGAAUUUGUACCCGUCGGCGGCGUCGUGGCGCGAUGUACAGCACCAGCUGCCACCCUACACAACCACAACGAGCAGCACCAAGCUCAUUUUUGGCCGCAUCGAGCGAGCGACUUGUGGCAGCCAUGGAGCCGAGACGACGAUCCAGCAGCUGCUUGCGCUGGACGGCACCGAGACGCCGUGGCGACUUCCCCUUCACGGUCGGCUACGCUUUGAGUUUACGUACAAGCCGCAGGUGCCAUACAUGACAGAGAUUGCCCCGGAUGCCGUCACUGUGUUUUGGCAAGCCUUCUCGGCGCUGGAGUUUGACUCGGACCGCGCCAAGUACAUCCAGCACUUUUUACACGACCACUACAUCACGGCGUCCCAAGCGCAGUACCUUCUCGGAGCCAUGACUACCGCGGAGGCCCACGCCCUUGUCGCGCCCUUACUAUUGCAGCGGGUCGUUGACACGGCCGAGCUCUUCCACCGCGCACGACACAUUCGACACCAGGCGGUGCUGAAAGAACGGGCAGGCAAACUUCUCUUCUUUGACCCACGGCUUCCCAACGGACGCUACGCGCUCGACCUGGCCAUGUCCGUCGACAAGCGAUUGGCAUCGACGCUCUUGCGUCUCUCGGCCGACGACCGCCUCGAGAACAAGAAGACGGUCGGCCUCAACACGAGUCAGCACGGGAACUGGGAGUGUUUUCGCAACCAAACACUGGAUGGCGCCCCAUACAGUGUUUCCCGUGCCCAGGGCCUGCCGUCCGUCGGCACGUUUGCGUUCGACUUUGUCGUGACGACGCGGAUCCCGCGUGGCAGUGCCGCGAUUCCAGAUGACAUGCUGGGUCAACUCUGUUUGACCGUCACGACCCGCGCGUCGGCUCCGGCCGCCCCCGAGAAGACGCCGACACACGUCAAGGUUUACGGGAAGAAAGCGGUCGAACCACCCAAACAAGUGGUCCACCCCCCGCAUCCCGACACGGGCUUGGAGCAUCGCAAGCUCGCGGUGCGGCAAACGUUUUCGGAGGCCACGUUUGGCAUUUCUUCAACGCAGUUGGUGCGCCUCGCCAACUGCUUUCAUGACGUGGCGUUCGGACCCGUCGAGAUUGUGGCCAUGCUGCUUAACCGCGUGCUGGAUCUCGACGACUUGCUCGUGACGCUGGCAACCGACUGGACACGCGAGAGCGUCAUGGAAGCCAUCCACCGCAUUGGCUGGCUCAACUUAUGGAACCCCAUGUUUGCCGAAAUGGAGUACCACUUGAAUUUGAGCGUAUGGGAAGAGUACCAAGUCACAUUGAUGCUGGCGCAGCUCGGUGACAUUGAACCAGGCGAAAACUGGGUCGACGAGCGCUUCAACGAUCAGUAUGGGUGGGAGCUGCCGCUGAGCUGGGUCCAAGGACGUAUCCCGCACACGGGCGACCUCUUCUUGCGCUACACGACCGGUGCCACCUUCAAGAACCGCGUCAACGCCGCGCGCGAAGACAUGAAGAAGCGCGUGCUCUGUGGCAAGCCGCGCAAGGUCCUUGCUUCAAAAGACAAUGACGGCAGUCGCUACGCCGUCUUUGCACCGACCGUGGCCCCCGCCACGCCGCGGCGACAGAGUAUCAUGCGCGCCGCGUUCUAG